AAAAUCGUCCCUCGACAUCUAGCUAGUUGCGUUGGACAAGCGCAAUUUUGUUAAAUCGCUGAACUAAGAAAUUGCGUUAAAAAAUGCCGUGUGGCAAAAACUUUAGGAGGAGAAGGGACUCGUCAGACGUGGAGGAGGAUGAAACAACUGAAGAAGUCAGAUCAAAAUUAGAAGAGGCUAAAGAGCUUCAGAGUUUGCGGAAACGACAGACCGGAGUCAGUGUGACCGCUCUGUUGGUAGGAGAGAAACUGCCACCAGAGGCUGAAAUUGAUAAUGACCCUUUCAAAUUGAAGACCGGAGGAGUUAUUGACAUGAAGAAAGUCAAAGACAGGAAUAGGGACAUGACAGAAGAAGAGACUGACCUCAACCUGGGCACCUCCUUUUCUGCUGAAACUAACAGACGAGACGAGGAUGCGGACAUGAUGAAAUACAUUGAGACAGAGCUGAAGAAGAAGAAGGGGUUGGUGGAAGCAGAGGAACAGAAAGUUAAGGUGAAGAAUGCAGAGGACCACCUGUAUGAGCUGCCCGAGAGCAUCCGUGUCAAUUCUGCCAAGAAGACAGAGGAGAUGUUGUCCAAUCAGAUGCUGAGUGGGAUUCCCGAAGUUGACCUUGGCAUUGAUGCAAAGAUAAAGAACAUUAUCUUCACAGAGGAGGCAAAAGCCAAGCUUCUGGCAGAACAGAGGAACAAGAAAAAAGACAACGGCACAUCAUUUGUACCCACCAACAUUGCUGUCAACUACGUCCAACACAACCGCUUCUAUCACGAGGAUGUGAAUGCACCACAGAGGCACCACAGACACAGAGAAGAGCCCAAAGCAAGGCCACUCCGUGUGGGAGACACUGAGAAACCAGGUCCAGAAACGUCGUCACCACCCAACUACCGCAAACGUCCAAACAACGAAAAGGCCACGGAUGACUACCAUUAUGAGAAGUUCAAGAAGAUGAAUAGACGAUAUUGACCUGGGUGUUUAUUUUUUAUUUUUACAGAAUACUUAAGUGGAUGGCACCAAAUUAAGUGAAGCCUCCAAAUGAGUCAUGAAAAUAAGAGGACUCCCAAGAUAGUGGUGUACUUUGUAUAGAUUGUAAAUAGCUCCCAGUGGUAUACUGUACAUUCGCUUGUUAUGUAAAAGGGGAAUUCUAUAUCCCUGAAGAAAUUGUGUGGCUCAGGACUGUCUGAUAAUCAAGGAAUUGGUCCAAUAAGACCAGAAGCUGUAAAGGCAUAAAGGAAUAACAUGAGACGUGUUGGACUGAGUGGUACACCUGCUCUGGUUUGUGAGGGAUGUUUUUUUUAAGCCCAAUGCUAUGUCUUGACUUUUUUGUUGUAGAGUUGUUUUUAGGACUCGAUUAAAAGACAAACACAAAAACGUC